GGAGCCCCGAGUGCUGCCCGACACGUGCAGCUGCUGGGCCGGCUUCAAAGGGGAUGCUUCCUCGGAUGCCUGUUGCCAAACCCUUUAUCACCCUUCUAGAAACAAGGGGAGAGCCACACCUGCUUGGACUGCGCUUGAAAACGGUACCUCUGCGUGGCUCCUGCCUUGCAGGGCUGGGGUUCUGCAAGCUCCCAAGUGCAGAGCUCCCCGCGACGGCGUGAGCAGCGAUGUGCUUUGCAAGGGCUGACGUGCUGCAGGGAGCACUGCUGGCCUGCAUUCCCCUUCAUUGACGUAAACAAUCGGGGUUGUUCAUGUCCGUACCUUGGCAGCUCAGAGGAGGGCUUGCAUCAGAGCUGAAGCUGGCCUGCCCCGUGCUUUAGCAGGGAGUGUGUCUUCCCAAAACCAGCCUGGCAAGCAGCGCGGUGCAGUGACCUACUUUUGGGAGAAGCAAAGGAGUGCUGCAGAAGCUGUGUCCGGAGGCCUCGCAGCAAUGCCAUGGCAAUGGCAGGGAGUUACUCGGAUGUGCUGCUGUAAGGCUGAGCAGCCCUUGGGCUCAGCAGGACGUCAGGUUUGCCCAGGGAUCUCCUGGCGUUUUCAGGAUUCUUUCUUUAUGAGUGUUCUCGCUGCGUAUGCCAGAGGAAUCCAGCUGCAUCGGGGUGUAAGAGGCAGCACACCAAACCUGAGGGAUACCUGGUGCACAGCAACGUGGAGCUGCCCCUCCUUUAUCACUGCAAGUGGCUGCUCCGUGAUCAGAUCAUCUUGGCCCUGGAGAUCAGCUGGGGCUGCAGCCUCAGCCUGGGUAACAAGAAAACCCCAUUGCUUCUUCACUUCUGCUGUUCUGGACGUGGUUUUGUUCAUUGCAGUCAAUAGAGAUCAGCAGGAGUGAUGCGACAGCUCCCGGCAGGAGUGCUUCUGUUGAGCCAGGGGGAUCCGGAGAGCAUCCAGAGAUGCAACACAGAGAGCUGCCACCUCUCAGCCCCUCGGAUGCACUCAAGAUGCUUCGAGCACAGCGCCAAGGAUGCCAAUGGAGUUUGGAGGCUGGGGGCUGCAUGCUGCUCUGCCACGGCCAGCAGCAGGAUCCUGACAGCCAGCUGUAUGAUAUGGGAUAUACCCCCGAGGAGGAAGCCCCGGCCUGUCCUGAUGAAUUUGAUGACUUUGUCACGUUUGAGGCGAAUGAGGUGACCGACAGUGCGUACAUGGGCUCGGAGAGCACCUACAGCGAGUGUGAAACCUUCACAGAUGAGGACACCAGCACGCUGGUGCACCACGAGAUGCACGACGAGGUGGAGACCGACAGCGCCAUCGACUCCACCGUGCACUCGGAGUUCACAGAUGCCAUCGAGGAGCAGGAGCACGGAUCUCAUCCACACGACCUGCCCCUGGGCUCGGACCUCAGCCACUCCAUCGUUACGGUCAUCAGCGGAGAGGAGCACUUCGAGGAUUACGGAGAAGGGAACGAAGCAGAUCUGUUCUCGGACAGCUUGUGUAAUGGGGAAAGCAGCUUUAGCAGCUCCUCGUUCCUCUCCCCCAGCACCAAUCCGCUCGCUGCGAAACUGCACAGCAUUCUCGCAGAUGAAGCAUUUGAGUUUUACUGUAGCCAGUGCCACAAACAAAUCAACCGCCUUGAGGACCUUUCCGCUCGCCUGAAUGAUCUUGAAAUGAAUAGUCCGAAUAAGAGGCUCUCCAGCAAGAAGGUGGCAAGACAGCUGCACCAGACCAGCACGCUGUCUGGAGGAGCAAUGGAGGAGUCCUACCGGGACACGUUGGAGUGCACGGAAGAGGACAUCACGGACAAGGUGGUCUUUCUGGAGAAGCGGGUGACAGAGCUGGAGAAGGACACGGCUGCCAACGGCGAGCAGCACAGCCGCCUCAAGCAGGAGAACCUGCAGCUCGUGCACAGGGCGAAUGCUCUCGAGGAACAGCUGAAGGAGCAGGAGCUGAGGGCAGACCAAACGCUCCUGGAGGAGAUCAAGAAGCAGAGGGAGAUGCUGAGCAAAAUGGAGAGGGAGAAGAGCAUCGAGAUCGAGAACCUGCAGGCCAGGCUGCAGCAGCUGGAUGAUGAGAACAGCGAGCUGAGGUCAUGUGUCCCUUGUUUAAGAGCCAACAUCGAGAGGCUCGAGGAGGAGAAGCAGAAGCUGCUGGACGAGAUUGAGGACCUCACUGUGCAGCUCACAGAGGAGCAGGAGAACAAGAGGAAGAUGGGGGACAAGCUGAGCCACGAGAGGCACCAGUUCCAGAAGGAGAAGGAGUCGACCCAGGAGCUCAUCGAGGACCUCAGGAAGCAGCUCGAGCACUUGCAGCUCUUCAAACUGGAAUGUGAGCAGCGGCGAGGCCGGAGCAGCAGCAUGGGGCUGCAGGAGUACAACAGCAGGACACGAGAGACGGAGCUGGAGCAGGAGAUCAAGCAGCUUAAGCAGGAUAACAGGAGCCUGAAGGAGCAGAACGAUGAGCUGAACGGGCAGAUCAUCAACCUGAGCAUCCAGGGAGCCAAGAACCUCUUCUCAGCCUCCUUCUCUGAAUCCCUGGCGGCCGAGAUCAGCUCAGUCUCCAGAGAUGAGCUCAUGGAAGCGAUUCAAAAGCAAGAGGAGAUCAACUUCCGCCUGCAGGACUACAUCGACAGGAUCAUCGUGGCCAUCAUGGAGACCAACCCCUCCAUCCUGGAAGUGAAGCACGGGGAAACACCGCAUCGCAUCGGCGCAGCAGGGAGGCAGCAGUGAGGCUCUGUUGUCUGACUCCGUUACUUUGCAGCCCUUCCGGCUUCGAGGGCCGAAAGGGAACCUGGAGGAGGAAUGGAGGCAACGGGCAACCACGGGAAGGAUUCGGGUCGGCCCCGCACGGGUGUGAGGAGGGCUUCCUCUGAACUGCAGGGCUCGGGAUGGAGCAGGAACGUUCCCCCCCCCCCCCGCUGCCCUGCCCAGCCUGGGCGUCUGCUUUGCCAAAGUGUCCGUGACACACUCACUCACCGGGGCAGAUCUGGGAAAGAGGGAAACACGUCCUGGACUUGUAGGAUUAACGAUGAUGAUGAUUAUUAUUAUUAUUUUUUAAUUAACUUAAUGCAAAUGUCUUCAUCCGGCUGGCGCAGUUCAUCCUUGCCCCGCUGCUUUUUGCUUGGGAACGGGUCACGUGCACGGAGCACGCUGGCUUCUCACUUGCUGGUGGCACGAAGAGGGGAGCAGCCAUCCUCGGGACGGGGUGUGAGCGCAGUGUCACCCACCUCCUUAUUUAUUUCGCCGUCCGUGGCUUCGCCGCCCUCUGCGCCCGUGGGGUGCGGCGGCUGCGGGGUCUGCACGGCCCCUAUGGCAGAGCCGUCCCCUCCAUCCCGCCUGCAGGGAUUGGGGCAGAGGUUGUGGUGUGAGGGCUGAGCUCCGUGCGCUGCCACGGCUGUCCCAGCACGGAGCGGGGCUCUGCCGGUGAUGGCCGUGGUCCCGGAGGGAGAACCCGCUCCUCACCCUGGGCUGGGGGAUGGGGAUGGGAUGGGGAUGGGGAUGGGAUGGGGAUGGGGUGGCUGCUCUGAGCACACGGUGUCACCGACCCCUGUGCUGCCAGGAGGCCUCUGUGACCGCAGCGAGGCGCACCCGUUGGGGCAGCCACUCAUCCCACUGCCCCAGGAUCCGGCUCCCUCGCUGCACCGAACCCACGGAGCAGCUCUUAGCCAAGCUUCCCAAACACCACCGCAGCCCCAAGAAAGGGGGAGCAGCAACCAGCCCCCCCAAAUGCUUCCGAGCCCAUCGCUGUGUCGUGGGUCGGCCAGGGGCUGUCCCUGCAGCUGAGCCCGGAGCCACCGCCGUGUCCCCGACGCUGCGGCCAUCCGACACAGCCCCACACCCAGCCUGGGGAUGGAGCCACGUCGUGUACAUUUCCAGAGAUGCUUCGGGUGUAAAUCAGUGUAAACACGGAGAGGGAAAUUUUUUCUAUCUUGUAGAGUAGGUAUUUUUAUAGAACGAAGGUUGAUCAUUUUUUUAAUACUUUAAAGAAAGAGAGAAAUGUAUCUGUGUAUAACACAAAAGCAUAUAUAUAUAUAUAUAUAUAUGUAUAAAUAUAUAAAUAUUGGAGAUCUGCCUUUCUCGACUUGGGGUCGCCGAGCCCCGGUUCCUACAAUCAUCUUUUUCUCCUGUCGCUCACAAAGAGGUACUGUAACUGUAAAUAAGCACCGGGAAAAGGUUUUAAGCAAACAAAGCACUGACUUUGCACAUUCACCAUGCUUUAAAGCCCCUACGAAAAGACAAAAACCAAACCACACCGACCUGUCCUUCCCGAAAACCUUCCUCUCUCCCCACCGGUAUGUGAAGGAAGUCCCAAAAGGGUGAAAGCAGUAUUGUCUUAAAUGAUGUAUCGAUUCUUGUCCCAUUAAAUGCUGUUACCAUU